CCGGAGGAGAAGAGGGGAAGGCCCCUCGCAGCCAAAAUGAAGUCUCUGCUGUCUGUGUGCUGCUUGCUGUCUCUGCUAUCCCUGUCUGAUGCAGGAUCCUCCAUCCACGAUGAGGAGCCUCUGGUGCGUCUGCAGCUCCAGCAGCCAGAGGGAGACUUCUUCUCCUGUGGAUGUGACACAACAGAGGAGCACACGAGCCAGAGCUCCUCCAAUGACACCCCGGCCCCGGAGAGGGCCAUGUGCCAGCCCUGCAAACCCCCAUCAGCUGUAGAAGAGCCGGCUUUAACCUCAGAGCAUGAAGAGGAGGAGGCGGAGGCAGCUCCUGUGGAGGAGGAUGCUUCCACUGAGGAGGUAACAAGUGAUGGAGAAGAAGCACAGGAGGAGGCAGCUUCCCAAGAAGAGGUAGAAGAAGAGGAGGCGACACCUGAGGAGGAGGCUGAGGAUCAAAGUGUGGAGAAGGAGGAAGAAGUAGCUGAGGAGGUAUCAUCUCCUGAAAAGGAAGAGGGGGUAGCUGAGGUUGAGGAAGAGAAAAUCGAGGAAGGUGAGGGAGAAGCGGAGGAGGAUUUACCCCACAAGGAAGAGGAGGUGAGUGAACCUCAGGAAGAAGAGGAAGGAGCUGCUGCUGCUGCUGCUGCUGAAGAAGAAGCAGUUGAGGAACCAGAAGGUGAAGACACACAGGAGGAUACAGAGGCAGCCGCUGAGGAGGAAAGUGUGGAAACGUUCAUACAUGAGGCUGUAGAGGAGGAAGCUGCCGAGGACGCAGCUGAGAAAGAGGUUGCAGUGGCUGAAUCUGAACCAGAAGAAGAACCAGUUGAACUUCCUCAAACAGACUCUGAACCCGAGGAAACAGAACCAGAAGUGAUGGCGGAAUCUGAGGUUGAACCAGAACCAGAGGUGAUUGCAGAGCUUGAACCAGAACCAGAGGUGACUACAGAGCCUGAACCAGAACCAGAGGUGACUACAGAGCCUGAACCAGAGGUGACUACAGAGCCUGAACCAGAACCAGAGGUGACUACGGAGCCUGAACCAGAACCAGAGGUGACUACGGAGCCAGAACCAGAACCAGAGGUGACUACAGAGCCUGAACCAGAACCAGAGGUGAUUACGGAGCCAGAACCAGAGGUGACAACAGAACCUGAACCAGAACCAGAGGUGACUACAGAACCUGAACCAGAACCAGAGGUGACUACAGAACCUGAACCAGAACCAGAGGUGACUACGGAGCCUGAACCAGAACCUGAGAUCAAAGUGGUUGCAGAGCCUGAAGUCAUUUCAGAGCCGGAGGCAAUUCCAGAGCCUGAACCAGAACCAGAAGUGGAGGCAGAGCCUGUUGUGGAGGAGGUCACACCAGAAUCUGUAGAGGAUGUGGCUGUGGAAGGGGAACCAGUGGAGGAGGCAUCGGUAGAUGUUGUUGAGGAGGCUCCUGUGGUGGAGGAGGCACCUGUUGAUGUCGAGGAGGUGACAGUGGAGGAGGUGACUGCAGAGGAGCCUGCGCAGUCUCAAACCAAAGAACAUAAGAAAGAUGAGGCAGCAGGCCCCAAACUGAGGGACCGCGCCCACAUUGAGGACACGCUGCGAUUGGCUACUACUGAACCCUCAGCAGAGUUCUCAGCUGCUAUGAAGAAGCUGUUGAACAUCUACCACACUGCCAUCAAGCCAAUGGAACAAGCCUACAAGUACAACGAGCUCAGGCAGCAUGAAGUCACAGAUGGUGAGAUCACCUCUAAGCCCAUGGUUUUGUUCCUGGGACCGUGGAGUGUCGGCAAGUCCUCCAUGAUCAACUACCUGCUGGGCCUUCACGGCACCUCACUGGAACUCUACACAGGUGCUGAGCCCACCACCUCAGAGUACACCGUCAUAAUGCACGGUGAGAAGUUUCGGUCCAUAGAGGGCAUCGUCAUGGCAGCAGACAGCUCACGGUCCUUCUCGCCUCUGGAGAAGUUCGGCCAAGGCUUCCUGGAGCGGCUGGUGGGCGUCGAGAUGCCCCACAAGCUGCUGGAGAGGGUCACCUUCGUCGACACACCGGGCAUCAUUGAAAACCGCAAGCAGCAGGAGAGAGGUUACCCCUACAACGAGGUGUGCCAGUGGUUCAUCGAUCGAGCCGAUCUGAUCUUCCAGGUGUUUGAUCCCACCAAGCUGGACGUGGGUGCCGAGCUAGAGAUGCUCUUCAAGCAGAUGAAGGGCCGUGAGUCCCAGAUUCGCCUCAUCCUCAACAAGGCCGACAGUCUUUCCACCCAGAACCUGAUGAGGGUCUACGGUGCCUUGUUCUGGAGCAUGGCGCCCCUGAUCAACGUCACAGAGCCUCCCCGGGUGUACGUCAGCUCCUUCUGGCCUCAGGACUACGCCGCAGACACCAGCCGAGAGCUCUUCAUGAAGGAGGAGACCUCUCUGCUGGAGGACCUCAACCAGGUGAUUGAGAAUCAGAUGGAGAACAAGAUCGCUUUCAUCCGCCAGCAUGGCAUCCGUGUGCGCAUCCACGCCCUGCUGGUGGACCGCUACCUCCAGACCUACUACGACAAGCUGGGCUGGUUCAGCGACCCCUACGAGGUGUUCCAAGACAUUGUCAACGACCCUGACAAGUACUACAUCUUCAAAUCCAUUCUGGCCAAAACCAACGUCAGUAAGUUCGACCUGCCCAACAAGGAGGCCUACCAAGACUUCUUUGGCGUGAACCCGGUUUCCAGCUUCAAGCAGCUCUCCUCCCACUGCAGCUGGACCGGCGGCUGCCUGCUGGAGAAGAUAGAGAGGGCCAUCUCAAAUGAUCUCCCGGCUCUGCUCAGCAGUGUCAGCAAGGCCGCAGACACGCCUGCCCCAGCGAAGGCUGCGCCCACGCCUCCGCCUCCACUCCCUGGCACCUGUGAGGGUCCCGGGUGUGAGGAGAAACCCAAGAAUCGCUGGAGGAAGCAUUGAGAUGGAGGAGCGCGGUGCAGGAGAAGGAACAGGGGGGAGCAGAUGGCAGCAGCAGCCAGAGGGUUUCCUGGUAUAAUCCUCACUGCUGUGAUUUUCAGAACUGGGUAUGUGGAGACUGAGCAGGGAAAUAAUAGAAAAGAUUUGCUAAGCAGACCUGAGUCAGAAUGCUUCUUAGUGCUUGUUUUUACCUGCGUGGAGUACCAAAUGGAUGUUUUUUACUGUAAUUGACAGAAGUAUAUAACUAUAUAUAUAAUAUAUAUACCCAAUUGAUUUUCAAAUACUUUUCUCUGACUGUAUAUAACAACUCUCUGGUACACCUUGUCCUGUAUGACACCCUUCUGGUGUUUAGGUAGGUUAAAACUUUCGUUAAAAAGUGAAACUUUGACUAUGGUUUGGUUAGAAAAAGAGGCUUGAAGUCAACUUUCCAUCUGAAGCUAUGUGUCUGCAAAAUGUGAUAAAUGUCUGCAGGAGAAACAAACUUCCAAAACAUGAUAACAGAAAAAAAAAAAAAAAAUCCAAGACGUCUAUGUAACCUUCCAUAUUUAUGAAAUCUGAAAAUGAAUGUUUUUUUUGUUUGUUUGUUUUCUCACUGUUUUUAAGUUUGUACAUUAUUUAUUCAAGUUUUUUUUUCUUCAGAGAAAGAGGUUGGCAGCGCUUUUACUCCUCUUUUGUCUUCUUUGUUGUUUGCAAAGUCUGAAGAUUGAGAUUCAAACUGCUGUGCUGUGUUUUUACAGUUAAACCAGUGUAGGUCAUUACAGUGUCAAAGUUUAUUUUUAGUGGGACAAUAAAAUAGAAAGAAGGGUGCUCUCAUAGUGUUUUAUCGAUCAUGGAUUCAACCAUGUUUAGUCACUGUACUGUUACCGCACUACUGUAUACUGUACUGUCAUUUUUUUCUCUAUUGUACUAUACUACGUUCUUUACAGAAACAAGUUUUAUUUUAACAUUUGUUAGUGCUGCAUUGGGACUGAAUUGACUGAACACAACCAUGGUGUUCUCCACAAAACGUCAUGUAAUGGUUCCAUUUAUUGCCACUGCGGCCUUUUCAGUCCUCUGUUGAACUGUUGCUAGUUUUUUACCCCAACACGGCUGCGUACCACAGGGGGAUUUCCUUUAAAUUGUCAUCUUUUCCUUGUUCUUUUAGGUCUGUUUGUAAUUGUCAUUCUUUUGAGUGAUUUCUUUUGAGUAAACAACAAUAUAAAAAA